GUCGCUGCUCCCCGAGGCCGGGCGGGGACGCGCUGCCCCCGCCCUGCCUCCCUGUGGUCCACACCCCCUUUGGGCUCCGGAGCCGCUGGGCUGGAAUAGUGCGGGGUGCGCGCGAGCAGGCGCUGCCAGCCCCGCUGCUGCCCGGUGUUCGGGUCCCGGGCGCGGGGGCACCAGGCCGCCGGUGUCCUCCCCGCCUCCUCUCCUUCCUGCUCUCACCUGCGCCUAUUAGUCCACUCGCCUUCAAGGCCAGUGGCCCCAGCCCAGGCGGAGAGGGGACAGCAGAGGAAGAGAGCACCUGAGGAUACAGAGCUGGCCCUGGACUGCCUUUUCACCCCCAGGUGAUGAGUGAGGUCGAGAGAACGGAAGAUUUAAAAAGCAACCGGGGCCUCCGUAUUGAAUGAAAGACCCAGUGCAAAGGCAUCACCAUGAACACGAGCAUUCCUUAUCAGCAGAAUCCUUACAAUCCCCGGGGCGGCUCCAAUGUCAUCCAGUGCUACCGAUGCGGAGACACCUGCAAAGGAGAAGUUGUUCGGGUCCACAACAACCACUUCCACAUCCGAUGCUUCACCUGUCAAGUGUGUGGCUGUGGCCUAGCCCAGACGGGCUUCUUCUUCAAGAACCAGGAGUACAUCUGCACCCAGGACUACCAGCAACUCUAUGGCACCCGCUGUGACAGCUGCCGGGACUUCAUCACAGGAGAGGUCAUCUCCGCCCUGGGCCGCACCUACCACCCCAAGUGCUUCGUGUGCAGCUUGUGCAGGAAGCCGUUCCCCAUUGGAGACAAGGUGACCUUCAGUGGUAAAGAAUGUGUGUGCCAGACCUGCUCCCAGUCUAUGACCAGCAGUAAGCCCAUCAAGAUCCGUGGACCAAGCCACUGUGCAGGGUGCAAGGAGGAGAUCAAGCACGGCCAGUCACUCCUGGCGCUGGACAAGCAAUGGCACGUCAGCUGCUUCAAGUGCCAGACCUGCAGUGUCAUCCUCACCGGGGAGUACAUCAGCAAGGAUGGUGUUCCAUACUGCGAGUCUGACUACCACUCCCAGUUUGGCAUUAAAUGUGAGACCUGUGACCGAUACAUCAGCGGCAGGGUCUUGGAGGCUGGAGGGAAGCACUACCACCCCACCUGUGCCAGAUGUGUGCGCUGCCACCAGAUGUUCACAGAAGGGGAAGAGAUGUACCUCACAGGUUCUGAGGUUUGGCACCCCAUCUGCAAGCAGGCAGCCCGGGCAGAGAAGAAGUUAAAGCAUAGACGGACAUCUGAAACCUCCAUCUCACCCCCUGGAUCCAGUAUUGGGUCACCCAACCGAGUCAUCUGCGCUAAAGUGGAUAAUGAGAUCCUUAAUUACAAAGACCUGGCAGCUCUCCCCAAGGUUAAGUCCAUCUACGAGGUACAACGCCCCGACCUCAUUUCCUACGAGCCUCAUUCCAGAUACACGUCUGACGAGAUGCUGGAGAGAUGUGGCUAUGGAGAGUCGUUGGGAACAUUAUCUCCCUACUCCCAGGACAUCUAUGAGAACCUGGACCUCCGGCAGAGACGGGCCUCCAGCCCGGGAUACAUCGACUCCCCGACUUACAGCCGGCAGGGCAUGUCUCCCACCUUCUCCCGCUCGCCUCACCACUACUACCGCUCAGCUGGAGAAAGUAACAUCUACCGGAAACCCCCGAUCUACAAACGGCAUGGUGAUUUGUCUACAGCAACCAAGAGCAAAACAAGUGAAGACAUCAGCCAGGCUUCCAAGUACAGCCCAGCCUACUCGCCAGACCCCUACUAUGCUGCAGAGUCUGAGUACUGGACCUACCAUGGGUCCCCCAAAGUGCCCCGAGCCAGGAGGUUCUCAUCUGGAGGAGAGGAAGAUGAUUUUGACCGCAGCAUGCACAAGCUCCAGAGUGGGAUUGGCCGUCUGAUUCUUAAGGAGGAGAUGAAGGCCCGGUCGAGCUCCUACGCGGAUCCCUGGACCCCUCCCCGGAGCUCCACCAGCAGCCGGGAGGCCCUGCACACAGCUGGCUACGAGAUGUCCCUCAAUGGCUCUCCUCGUUCACACUACCUGGCUGACAGUGAUCCUCUUAUCUCCAAAUCUGCCUCUCUGCCUGCCUACAGGAGAAAUGGACUGCACAGGACACCCAGCGCAGACCUCUUCCACUACGACAGCAUGAACGCGGUCAACUGGGGCAUGCGAGAGUACAAGAUCUAUCCCUAUGAACUGCUGCUGGUGACCACAAGAGGGAGAAACCGACUGCCCAAGGAUGUGGACCGGACACGCUUGGAGCGCCACCUGUCCCAAGAAGAGUUCUACCAAGUCUUUGGCAUGACCAUCUCAGAGUUCGAGCGGCUAGCCCUCUGGAAGAGGAACGAACUCAAGAAGCAAGCCCGGCUCUUCUAGGCAGAGGCUCUAUACAUAUAGAUGCAUUUAUAUAAAGAUUAUGUAAAAUCUCUAUCCUGAAGCGCGGUGUCAUCCCCCUGUGUGAUGGGACACGCUGCCUCUGUGAGACUUGCUUUUCUGUACUGUCAGGCAAGCCACAUCAUUAAGGUAUUUUUAUGCUCCUUACUUCUCUUUUCUAAGUGCUGUGGGAUCCGGGAAGGGAUUUGAGGGGACCCCGUUCUUUUGCUGGGGAUCCUUUUUAUACUGAAACAUCUGUCCCAAAGUGAGUCCCCCAAGGUCCAACUCUGUUCAAAAGGUGCCUGAAGGAGUCUCUCUGCUCUCUGCUUCUUGGCCCUCUCCCGAGUCUCCAGGGCUCAUUUUGACCUUGCAGUUCUCACACACCCUUGGCCCCUUAGGGGCCCUUCUGUGGGAGGAUCCACAGUGAUCUCCCCAAAUCAUCGAGCACCUUCAAGGUCUCGUGAAAAAUUUUCUCCACACCUCCAAUUUGGAGCUCUUUGCUCUCAGGGUGGUGCAGUUAAAAGUGUGAGCCCCAGAUCCACUCGUUACACCUGUGGACAGAAGUGGACAGGGCCCUGGCCUCUCCUCAGCUCACCCACCCUCCUCCUCUGCCCUUAAKCCUCAUCACUCCCUUGUCCAAAUCUAGGAUUCAAAGGUUGAAAAAGAAAAAAGGUGCUCCCUUCCCUCCACCACCUCCAACUGGCCUCUUUGCCUGGCCUGGACUUGGAGGAACAGAGGAGAGGAGCGGGAGCUGGGAACAGGAGAUGGAGCCAGGCACCUGCCAAAUCCAAGCUGUGGGACCUCUGACCCUCCUCUCUCCCUCACUGCUCCCAGCACCUCCUGACGCUUCCCCCUUCCUAGGAGAGGCCCGUUGUUGCAGCCUGUAUUCUUCAGCCUUAUUACAAUCUAUGUGCCUGAUGACCUACAUACCACAGGGCUAACAUUCCCCCCACAGCUCCAACCCAGCAACCAGAGAGACAGCUCUCACCACCCUCUACAGGGAGAAUAGGCCACACCCCAGAGAAAGGCUCUUGGCCUGGGCCACUGGGCAACGACAUUAGACCCCCACACCAAUCCCAGGUCCCACUGCAAAGUUGGCCAGGUUUCAUGGAGGAAACUUCCAGAGCAUGACUUCUUACAAGAUUCCAAAAUGAGGUGUUGGCCAACACUGCUCACGGUCAUCCAGAUUGUCCCAGUGGCUGCCUUUCCUGUCUCUGGAACAGGGGUGAAAGCUUAACCUUUUCUCAUCCUCUUUCCAAACUUUCAACCCUGAAUUGGCCAUGUUUGGGGGAUGGGCACUAUUCCUUCUUGGAGAUAUGUUGUUUCAGACCAUCUUGAGAUCAUGGAGGAAGGAUGAAGAAGUGGAGAUGACAACUGUGACUCUCAAGUGGCUGGUAAUGCAAUGAGGCAAAUGUCAAACUAAAGUCCAUCCAACAACCCUCACUGAGUACCUGCUGAAUACCGAGCACUGAAUGGGGGAGGGGGGUGCUGGGAUGAGUCAAUGCGGGCCCCAUCUCAGAGGCAUGCCUAAUAAGAGUGGGCAACAUGAGACGUGCACCCAAACAUAAGGAAGAUAAGGCAGAAAGUGAGAGAAGGCUUGAGAAAGUGUGACAUUACUGAAGAGCCAGAUAAAGUUGGUGCAKACCAAGGAGAAGUUUCUGGAAGAGACUGCAUCUGAGUGAAAUCUGGAAGGAUCUCUGUAAACUGCGAGUUAAAAGGGUAAUAGGGUGGAGAGACCAGAAGGGAAGUCGAAUGUACUCUGGUUUAAGAUGUCAAAUCUCCCUGCAACUUCUCUUCUUGGCCAACAUCUUUCAACGUUCCUGACCCGUGAGAAAUGUCCCCAGCCAGACACAAUCAUUGAAACUGCCUCAUUAUCACUGGUUAACAACUUGCGAGACUGAAGGGCUUUUGUUAUCGUUGUUGAAUUUUUGUUUCCCAUAAAAGCACAUCAUUGCAACCCAGACCCGUGUUCUGGUUUCCAGCGUGAGUGGAAAUGACUGACAUGGGAAAAGGCUAAACCAUGCACAUUUUUUUUCAAAAUAAAUAAACCUA